AUGCAAGAGCGGACUGGAAAGCAACUCAUCUUGAGUGAUUCCGCAGACAACUGGAUUCUCCCGAACAAGACUAUAUUUGACGAUCACACCCAGGGAAGUGACUUCCAGGACCAACAACUCUCUGCUCUCGAGCCAAGUACGAGAGUGGCUCCUCUCAAGUCCAAAAAAAGCGGCGCUUCUACAAUACCGUUAUAG